AUGGUUCAUUCACUGGUGCAUUACCUCGUCGAGAUGUUUCUACUCCUCGUUGCAAUUAUAGUUUGUGUGGCUCUGUAUCUGUAUCUCCAGCAAGAGGCUGAUCAAGGUGGUCAAAAAGGUUCCACUCGUACAGCUGAAGGCAAGAAAGUGUCACCACGAAAAGAAACUGCUACUGAACAAACUAAACCCAAAGUUGCUCCUGCAUCCGAACCUCCUCCUCCACCAGCAGAAGCGCCAAAACCCGCCGAACCUGCUCCACCACCACCUUCUAGUAAGCCGGCAGAAUCAGCUCCUUCAGCACCACCACCAUCAGGAGACAAACCUGCAGAAAAAGCGGCUCCGCCACCAGAUAAGCCUGGUGAGCAAGCUGCUCCUCCGCCAGCGGAUCAAGCUGGAGCGCCACCGUCAUUAGGGGACAAAGCUGCGGAUGCAUCAGUGGAGCCAGGUGGUAAGCCUGCAGACAAGCCAGUAGAACCACCAACUGCCGCACCAGCAGAUCAAUCUGGAGCUCCACCACCUGCGGAGAACAAGCCAGCGGAACAACCAGCUCCCACAUCAGCUGAUCAAUCAGGAGCUCCACCACCUUCGGGAGACAAACCUGCGGAACAGGGAGCCCCACAAGCAGACAAGUCGGGAGCGCCAGCACCAUCAGGAGACAAGCCUGCGGACGCACCGGUGGAACCGGUUAGUGGUGCUCCAGCCGACAAACCUGCCGAUCAGGGUAGUGCAAGCGCCUCGAAAGGCGAAGAUGAGAAGCCAACAGAUGAUGUGACAACUGCUCGAGAAAUAGAGGAUCGGCCCGCAGGUCAGGCACCUGGUCCAGCAGACAAGCCCGUAGAACAAGGAGGGUCAGCACCAAAAGAAGAUAAGGUUGCGGAACCCGGAGCUCCACCCUCAAGCGAUAAACCUGCAGAACAGGCUGCUCCAUCAGAUCAGUCCGGUGCUCCAAAACCUGCAGAAGGUAAACCUACAGACCAAGCAGCUCCAACUCCAGCUGAUCAAUCUGGAGCUCCGCCGCCGUCAGGAGACAAACCAGCGGAUGCAUCAGUGGAGCCAGGGAGUGGUAAGCCUGCGGACAAGGCAGCAGAUCAAGCAGCACCCGCACCAGCAGAUCAAUCCGGAGCUCCACCACCGUCGGGAGAUAAACCAGCAGAACAAGGGACUCCAUCAGAUCAAUCCGGUGCUCCACCACCUGCAGAAGGAGACAAGCCAGCAGAACAAGCACCGGCACCUACAGAAAAGCCCGCCGAACAAGGAGCUACCGCUGGCGAAAAACCCUCGGAACAAGCUGGGCAGGCUCAGCCUGCGGCGCCAUCGGAUAAGCCUGCGGGGCAAACUGGUGCAGAUGCCCCCAAACCAGGAGAUGAUAACAAGCCAGCUGAAGAUGUAACAACUGCCCGAGAGAUAGAAAAUAAGCCAAGUGAAGCAGCCAGCAAUGCUAAGCCAACUUCAGAACAGCCUCAAGCUGCUGCAGCUCCAGGUCCUGGUCCUCAACCUCAAGACAUUGACGUAGCCAUAGAGUAAUCUGCUACGUUUUCCCGCGUUAUCUAUACCAUGCAAGACAUCGUAUUCUGUGCGAGAUAUUAUUCCAGAUUUCUUGAAACAUUCUACAAGCUUGCACUUACUCGUCUUCCAGUCUCUGUCUUAAGUCUGGAAAUAUGUACUUCUACUCUACGUACGGAU